UUUUAGGCAAUUUGUCUCUAAGUGUCAGGCUAAAGUAACGGUUAUUUUCUCUUUGUGGCUGAGCAUUUGCGGUGGAAGUAUAGCUCUGCACACCAAUUAAAGUGAUAUAAGGCUGAAAAGCAGGAAAACUUUUUUAAAAAGCAGCAGCGCAAUUCUUUCAAAAGUGGAUGGGGUGGAAAAGGAGAAGGGGGGCGUCUGUUGGCAAGGCAGGCAGCUGCUUAACCACCUAUAUGCUAACAAGCCUUGCUGCCAGGUUCCUGAGGGGUCCUAACUGGGAAAAAUUAAAACCAAACCUCAGAUGCGUGUGUCUCAGCUUGCGGAAUUCUAGUUUUCCAGUUAGUCCCGAGAACGGACAGGAAAUGACCCCUCUCCAAAGUGCUUCUCUUAAAACAAACAGUACAGCCUGAAGCUAUCCGGUCUCUCUGUCUGUUCCUCCCUCUCCUGCUGUAGUGCAGCGGGGCUGCUCAGCAGUUCUCAACGUGUGCCGUGUGUCUGCUGCUAGGAUUGGAUACUGGGUAGCUGGCAGUGUAUACAGAGCAUCGCAGUCCAUGUGCUCUGUAUGGAUGUUGAUGUUGCGCUGUGUAGCUUGAACCUCGGCGAGCAGGCAAGAUGUCCAGCACACCUCAUGAUCCUUUCUACUCCUCUCCUUUUGGACCUUUUUACAGGAGACACACGCCAUACAUGGUACAGCCAGAGUAUCGGAUCUACGAGAUGAACAAACGGCUUCAGUCUCGGACUGAGGAAAGUGACAACUUAUGGUGGGAUGCCUUUGCAACAGAGUUUUUCGAAGACGAUGCCACAUUAACUCUUUCAUUCUGCUUGGAAGAUGGACCAAAGAGAUACACCAUUGGAAGAACUCUCAUUCCUCGAUAUUUCAGUACCGUCUUUGAAGGAGGUGUUACUGACUUGUACUACAUUCUCAAGCACUCGAAGGAGUCAUUCCACAACUCAUCCAUCACCGUGGACUGUGAUCAAUGCACCAUGGUCACUCAGCAUGGAAAACCAAUGUUUACAAAGGCACAAGACCCUCAGGUGUUAGAGCAGCUGUCAAAAAACAUCACCCGAAUGGGUCUGACAAACUUCACCCUCAACUACCUCAGGUUGUGUGUCAUACUGGAGCCUAUGCAGGAGCUGAUGUCCAGGCACAAAACCUACAAUCUGAGCCCACGAGACUGUCUGAAAACCUGCUUGUUCCAGAAGUGGCAAAGAAUGGUGGCUCCUCCAGCAGGACAUCCACAGAACUUCAAAACGGAAAUUUUCCCUACAAAUCACAAAAAAGCCGAACCAACAAGACAAACAACAACAAAGAGGAGAAAACGGAAGAACUCAGCCAGCAGCGCUUCCAACAGCAGUGUGGGCAACAAUGCCAACAGCAACAGCAAGAAGCGAAGCCCGGCCAGUAACUUCAGCCUCUCCAGUCAGGUACCUGACGUGAUGGUGGUGGGAGAGCCCACACUCAUGGGCGGGGAGUUCGGGGACGAAGACGAGCGACUCAUCACGAGGCUGGAGAACACCCAGUACGAUGCCGCCAACGGUAUCGAUGACGAGGAAGACUUCAAUAACUCCCCCGCGCUGGGCAAUAACAGCCCCUGGAACAGCAAGCCACCCAAUACCCAGGACAGCAAGCCAGAAAGCACAGCUCCCCAGCCCUCCCAGUAGAGUCACCUUGAACCUCGGCCACUGGUGGCCUUUACUGCCAGGGCCGCUCUGAGUUCUGACAACACACUGUACUGGGUGUCACGUUUUGCGCUGUACAUGGUGUUACAAGGCUUCUUAAAGAUUUUACAAAUAAAUUCAUUUCCUUGUAAUGCUGAAAAUUUAAAAAGGGGACUGCAGUAUACAUAUUAUAAAUACACAUUUUUACAUGCCACUCAACAAACUGUUUAAUUUAGCUGGAAAAUAGAAGUACUUUCCCCCCUGUACUUACUGUACUGUACCCCAGCUGGGAGUCUUGUUUCUGAAGGCAGGACCUUGGAGUCUGAACAAACCAGCGGCCGCAGAAGUUUUGUGGUAAGUCCAGCACACACAUGCUCAUCUAAUACCAUCGUCUUGCUCUUGGGUGUAGCUCGUUUACUACUGCAGGUUAGUGUGGCUAUACAGUACCUUCAAUUCUUUCAGAGUCUUUUUUAACAGGAAUAUUAGAAAGGACCUCAGAAUAAAGGGUAAAAAUGUUUAAGAAUGUUGUUCUCAUAGUAUUCCAUUCAGAGGUUUAUUACACAGUACAGAAAAUCACAUUUUUAACAGGUUCUCAUUUUUAAGCUAGGAUCGUGUUUAUUUUGUAAAGGAAAAAGAGGAUUUCUUGAUUAUUUUCUUUGACAACGUGCUUCCAGUUUUACUGCAUUCAUCUUACUGGAUUACGUUUUUAACGAACUACAUUGUGACACUCGUGGAUUUAUUAGAAACUUCUUUGUAUUUUGUUUUUACAUUUAAUUCAACAUUAGUUUAUUUUGUUUCUGUCCCACUCCUCUCCAAUACACAUGGCAGUAUUUUACUAUGAUUUUGACCUUGUAACUAUCAAGUAAUCAUACGAGAGCACUGUAAAACAAACAUAAUGUCAGCAUCUUUGGUCAUCCUACAGUUUGAAAGGUUCCUUUGUAAACUGUUUUUCUUUGUAAAUCAGUCUUCAAACACAGUUUCCCAAACUGAUAUUGGUUAAAAGCCCAGUUUCAGAAAGCAAGCUUGAAUUGUUUUUAGUUACUUGUUUUUUUAGUUUUUCCCGUUAGUGAUCUGUACAUGUGAUUUUAUAGCAAAAGAAUCUGAAAGUGAUGCCAAAUUCUGAUAUUUGUUUGUUUUUAAACUAAUGGUUUGGAUUUGGAUUCUGAUAUUCACAAUGAAUGUUGCUUAGUUUUGCAACAUGUUCAUGUGAAUGAACCCAGAGAAAUCACGGGAACAUGUGAUUAUUUUCCAAAUGUUUUUGUUAGUGUCAUUGAUAUACUUAAUAAUGACUUGGACAGUGCUCUUCAGAAGACUGCCCAUGUGAGUCUGGCUUUGUCCUCAAAUACAUUGCAGGUUUUAAAACGUAAUUUAUUGUGUCCCUCAUAACAGCUAACCCAGUGUAUAGCCAGGCUAAGAGCUGUUCCACAGUCCAUGAAUCCUAGUCUGUUUCUGUCCUGUCUGCACUUUCAGGUAGCACUAUAGCAUGACUCUGCUCUUAAUUACACCUCAUCAAAUACCUGCUUCUCCCCUUCAUCACACCUGUCUCAGCUAUCAAUGAAUAAGAGUAUUGCUAGUUACAGCACCUCACCAGAUCAGUAUGAGUGCCCAGCCAAUUCAGCUCCUUGCCACUUGUUCAAAGCACAUUGAGUUGUGCGUUUUUGAGUCGCUUCUAUCCAUUUUUUGUAGUGCAAACAAGAAGACAGGUAUUUGAAAAGAGGUACUGUAAUUGUGAAAUAUUUUUGUUUUAAAGAGAUAAAUAAGUGACUUUCCUUGAAUCCUGUCCAUUUUAAACCUAUAAAUAAUGAGAGGUUCUGACCUUCAGUUUGGGACCACUGAUAAAAGGGUUGAAGCUUUGUAAAUAAGCUAAUGAUCCAGACAUUUUUAAAGCCAUGGCACUCAUUACUUACAAGACAGCUGCAUAUAAAGGCUUUUGUGUUUUUUUAUCGUACCUGAUUUGAAUCUGAUGUUUUAUUAGUCCUUAUCAGUAUUGUCAUUAACUCCAUGUUUGAUAUUUUUGCAAAGAGAAUCAGCUGUCUUUCUUCUUUUUUAUCUUUGUGUAUUUAUGUGAACAUUUGUAAGGAAACUAACAAAUUUCAGAAUUUGUUUCAUCUUCGUAUUAAUAUUGUUCAGCACAACAUGUAAAAUACUAGCAAAAUGUCUUUGUGUCAUUUCUGAUGUAUUUUAUGUAUGCUUUCUCAUUAUGUGUGCCAAUAAACUGUGGUUACAAGAGA